CACUUUAAAUAGAAAAUGGAUGACAAAGAGAAAUUCGACCUAAAGACAUGGUCAGUUCAAAAUGGCUUYAACAUUGGUACAGUUUACGUUUUGCAGAAAGAAGGUAUAACAACAAAACAUGCGUUAGAGAAACUCACAGACAAGAACAUUAGAGAACUGGAUAUUUCUAGUACACAAAUGCGCGUACUACUUGAAGCAGUGCGUCAUCUCUCUUUGAAAAAGCUUCAGGAGGACAGAGUAGCUURACCACAAGAAAUGCAAGAUAAACAGAAAUCUAUAAUGUUGAUAAACGAACAAAACGAAUCACWAAAUCAUGAAGAAGAACAAGUYAACCUAGAGGAAUGUUUUGGUGACGAGGAGAAAGGAAACGAAUCCCUGAGCUUUGAUGACGAGGAGAAAGGAAACGAAUCCCUGAGCUUUGAUGAAGAGGAGAAAGGCCGAAACGAAUCCCUGAGCUUUGAUGAAGAGGAGAAAGGCCGAAACGAAUCCUUGGAAUACGAAGAAGCAGAGAAGCAAGUGAACCUAGAGGAAUGCUUUGGCGAUGUAGAUGGAAUUGUGAACAAGAUGAAAGAUCAUGAUGAUAAGGGAAUCAGUGUCCUGGAAAAUACAAUAUCCCCUGGGGGUGAUAGUGGACUGAGACUUUCCAGUUUGGAUACACAUGUUACCACAACUGAAAUAUCUCCGCAACCCGCUGCACGACUCACUAAACCAAAAGUUGCCUUUCGAGCAGUAAGAAUGGAAAAUGGCACGAUGAAUGGAGACGAUCGCUCUCUUACUCGUUCAAGCUCACGGGGUUCAAUGAACAGAGACUCAUAUGGCAGAACCUCUCUUCUUCGACGAAACCAAAGUCUCAGCGCUAAACAGAUAAGUUUCUACCGAAAUGGCGACAAAUUCUUUCGUGGUCUUAAGCUAGCUGUAUCAGCUGAACGCUACAAAGAAUGGGAUUCUCUUCUCGCUGAGCUUUCAAGUAAACUGGACCUACCUACUGGGGCUGUUCGAUAUGUCUUUUGCUCAGAGACUGGAAAGAUGAUCACAGACGUGAACGAGCUACAAUAUGGUGUAAGCUAUGUGUGUUCCUCUUCGGCGUCAUUCAGAGACGUAGAAGGAGGAUAUGGCAAAGAAAAUCAUCCACAGUGGUCACUUCAUAACAAAAAAGCUCUCAGGGAUGAAUUGAACAACUGGACGGACCCGAAAGGUGCAGUCGAAGAAGAUAAAAUUAGCGGACCUCGAGACUUUAUCAAGCCUAAACUAGUGACCGUCAUAAAGCCAGGUAAACCACCUCAAAAGAAAGUAACCAUGCUACUAAACACGAAGACUGCUGCUUCGCUAAAUCAGGUUCUGGAUCACUUGUCGGCCAAGGGAACUCUUGGUAAGGUCGACAGGCUGUACACGGCCGUUACAGCCAAACAGAUUCGUACACUGCGUGAUCUUUUCGAUGAUGAUAUUUGUUUUGUGGCCUUAAGUUCCAAUGAGCGUCCACCAGAAGAGGGCUUUGACCUGGAAAUUCAAAGUUACAAGAUAGCACCAUAUAGAGACUUAAAGAGGCCUUGUGGUUUGAAGAGGUCAUCGUCAUUGCGUACACCCAGACAACACAGAGAUAGUGGCUCCAAUGAUGGGUUACAUACACCAAGUCGUCCUGUACGCCGUUCUUCUUCAGUGAAGAGUGCUAGUAAYGGGGCAAGAGGCAGAAGUGUCAGUCCUGGACCUCCAGGAAGCAGGGUCAAUGGGCACACACCCAAAUCAAACCGCUCCAAGUCUCCAAGCUCUACAGGAAGAAAGACUCCUUCAGGGAUGGCUAACUUAAACGAUGAACUGUAUCCAGCGGCUGUGUUUGAGAGAGAUAGUCUUGCAUCAGAAUCAGUUCCAGUCAAGGAAUCCAGAUGGGGUAAAAAGCGCAGGGUGUCGGUUCAUGGAUUGUACAGAAUUGGAAAAAUAAUUGGAGAUGGCAACUUUGCCAUUGUUAGAGAAUGUAAACAUAGGAAAACUAAUAAAGAAUAUGCUUUAAAAAUUAUCAACAAAGGGAAGGUUAAAGGAAAGGAGCACAUGAUUGAAAAUGAAAUUAAUAUCUUACGACGAGUAAAACAUAACCAUAUUGUAGAAUUAAUAGAAGAAUAUGAAACYCACAGAGAAAUAUUUUUAGUUAUGGAACUUGUCAAGGGAGGUGAUUUAUUUGAAGCGAUAGUAAAAGCUACAAAAUACACUGAACUUGAUGCUAGCCAUAUGAUACGAGACUUGGCUUCUGCCUUGGAUUAUUUACACUGCAAUAAUAUUGUACAUAGAGAUAUCAAACCUGAGAAUUUACUGGUUUUAGAAUUACCAAAUGGUCGGAAAUCUUUAAAACUAGCUGAUUUUGGUUUAGCAAUGGAGGUGAAAUCCCCCAUGUUUCUUGUUUGUGGAACACCUACGUAUGUUGCACCAGAAAUUCUUGAUGAGUCAGGAUAUGGAUUAAAAGUUGAUAUUUGGGCUACAGGAGUUAUUUCAUACAUCUUAUUAUGUGGCUUCCCACCAUUCAGAAGUCCUGACCAAGAUGAAUUAUUUGAUCUUAUCUUAUCUGGAGAAUUUGAGUAUCUCUCACCAUUCUGGGAUCAUAUAUCUGAAUCAGCAAAAGAUCUUAUAGAUCACAUGCUGGUGGUAGAUGUCAAUCAAAGAUAUAAUGCAAAACAAAUACUCUCUCACCAAUGGAUAAAGGGAAAUACUGCAAAUCAAGAAGACAUUCGUGUCAAUCUACAAAAUGAAUUGAACAAGAAUUUUGAUGCUAAAGGAAGAUUCAAAGGAGCAGCCAUUGCAGUCAACACGGUAAACAGCAUGUCCAAAGAAACCUACAGCACUAGAUCUCAUUGCUGCAAAUAUGUCAAACCUWCUAAGAAACGUAAAGUUGUCUUUAAGGAAUCYCUUCUUUUUGAUUUAGCUCAUUCAGACAGUGACCUCCAGCACUUUUCUGUGUAUGGAGGGUGCAACAGAGGUGAGCACAGAGAUAUUCCACUKAAAGCAGAGUGGAAUUCAUUAAGRACUGAUUGUAAGUCCAAUGCACCAGAAAGGUAUCAAAGUAGUCCUGAAAUACUUAGUCCAACAGAGAAACAUAGGUACUUUUACGAUGAUGUUCCUUAUUCAAAUGAAGAUAGGGUGUCUGAGGAAGCAAGGCAGUUCAAGGAACAUCUAAGUAUUGAGGAAUCAAAACAGGAUGAGAAGUCAAGAUCUGCUCUGGAGUUAAGGCAAGUUGAACAUGAWAGACAAGGCUACAGYCAGGUUCUCAAGAAUCCUCAACAUGUCAAAGACAAAACAAACAAAGGAUCAGAAGAUGAUAGCUUUUCCAGGUUUGGUCGAACAAGAAAACAAGUUCACAGACAAAAAGGAAUUCGUAGACCUCGUAGUUGUAGCGUACAGGAAAAGAAGAAAGAAAGAAGUAGAAAAAGGUCCUAUGACAUUCCCUUACAAAACAGAGAAGGCAAACAGGUAAAGAAAUACUCUAUCCCUGAUAURGAUAAAUCACAGGUAAGUCUGGAGAACUUCAUUGAGAGGGAUAUAAUCUUCAGUGUAGAAGGGUUGCAAGAUGGCCAUGUAACAUCAACUGGAAAUUUAUCCAGCUUUGAGCAGCUUGAAGCUACCAUAGCUGCAGAGAACAACACAAGUACUUCAAUGAACACCAGCAACAAGAAAGUCUCAGAGAUAGCUCAUGAUUUUGAAAGGUUAUCUCUGGAUGAAGAUAACAGCAAUGAGUAGAGUUUAGUAGGCUGGUUUUCAGUKAGUUCAAGAAAUGCUAUUACCAGUAAUGGUGUUGGACAUGAAGUUGACAUUUCAAAGCUAUCAGUACAUUAUGAGGUAUCACUAUGGAGUCAAGAAUUGUCAAUUCAUCAUAUAAUCCAGUGUUGGACAAAAAAUCUGGCACGAUCAAAACCUUUUUUAAGCUACAGUAUACCGUUGCCUGGGAAAUAUUAUAGAUUAGAGUCGCUCUAUUCAGGACAAGGUAUUAUAAGUCAUUARAAAAAACAUCCAGUAGCAUACCAUGUUAUUGUUACUGCAUUCAUCAACCUGAUAAUGCUGAGGCAUCAUUCAAAGAGCCAACAUAUAUGCUGUCAUGCACUCAUAGAUAUGUGGGUUAUACAUAUCAUACGUUAGGUGGAUGCUCUGACAUCCAUUUUAACUUUUUCUAUAAUGUCAAUAAUUGCAGUAGUUGUAAUUAUAUGAAAUGGAGAAUUUUUUAUGUACUUUCACAACAUUGGGCUGUUUCCAUAACAUUCUUUGAGGUGUUGGGAUGUUUUUGUGUUGUGACAGUAAAUGUAAAUGUCAGUAAUGUAUUUGCAGCAUUUAAUUGUUUAAUGAUAAGUGAUUCAUUGUUAUGCAUUCAUGUGCUGUAAUUGUGAUAACUGCAUUUAGUACUUUACUGGGUCAUAAAAUCAAUUCUGUAUUAGUUAAGCUAACCAUUUGUUCUGCUGAAGGUAAUUUUGUCUUAAAAUGUCUGAGAGAUAAAAACUUAAAAGCAUUAAAAAAUAAUGUGUUUUUUAGAAUUUCUAAACAAUGUUGACGUGGCUUUUAGAAAUUAAACACUCAUUUUAAUACAGCUUUUUACGRGAGUCUGCAUUAAAUAUAGACACAUAUUUAAUAUGCUUUUAACACCUCAAGGAAAAUUGCUUGCUCAAAAAAAUGUUUUUAAAACAUAAGUUAGAGAUUUGUUGUAAAAUUUGUAUAGUUUUCUAUUUUUAAAAAAAUUAGAUGGAUUAAUGAAAUAGAUGAGUAAUAAUUGUUGCAUAGUGCUAAUUGCCAAAGUACUUAGUAUUGAUUUUGAUAAAUUGCAAUAGAAAAUUGCAACCUUCUAAAAGAAUGAUUCAAAAAGAAGAUAAGAUAAGAAGAAUGGAUGAUAUUAAGAUAUAAAUAAUAGUUCAAAGAUUUUAGGAUGCUUUAAGAAUUAAAGUUAAAA